AUGGAUAAGCACAUGUAUCUAUGGAGAGGUGCCGACAAAUUGUCCUUCGCAUUCGGCGACAAGCCGAACGGCGUUAUUUGCAAAUUCGUCACCGUCAAGGAUCACAUUUUUGUGGCGACCACAACCAACAGCCUCUAUCACGGGGAAGUGUCGUUCCGCGAGGACGUCUGUCCCACGCUCGUUUUCAAACGGGCUCAAUUCGACGUCGUCGACCUGGCAUCCAAUUCCGAACACCUGUUCAUCGUCAACACUAGCGGACAUGUCUUGAAAGUAAAUCCUCAGGACAUGAAUGUUGUAGACUCAAUCGUUCUCAAGGAGGAAGUAAAGUAUUGCAGUCAUGGAUACAAAGAAGAAAAUGAAGUGGUGAAAGUAAAAUUUAUAGCAGUUAGCGAUCAAGCAGCAUUAUUUGUUACGGACACUGGGCAGUUGUGGGCUAGUGGUAAUCAACCGCAGAUAGACAUAAGUAGUACAGAACCAAAAAAAGUUAAAUUUUUUGAAGGGAGGACAGUGUCUGAGAUUGCUUGUGGUUUUAAUUUUAAUGUGGCUGCUGUGAGAAAAACUACCAAAUUUAUGAAAGAUGAUACAGAUAGUGAAAACGAGUUGGAAGAGGAAAUCUUUAUUAAUUCUUGUCCACAAUGUCUUAAUAAUGUCAUGUUGAGUCCUGAAAGUGUAACAUCGUCAGACACGUGUCUCACUGGUCAUCAUGCACAGCAGUUCAGCGAAGAUCGUUCGACAAAUUCCAUCAGCGCUCUGUCCACUGCCAGUAAAGAGCACAUUCCUCUACCAGAAAUGGACAAAAAGGAGCAACAAUCGUCUGACAUCGUUGAAAAUGGCGAGGAAUGUCUGAAUAAUUUAACAGAUUCCGACAAAGACGAAAAGAGAAAUGUUAUAUUUAUAAACACAGAAACUGCUCGACAAUUUCUAACCAGGCAACUAUCUUGGGUUUCGUCUUAUGGAAGUGCGAAGGAAGACAUACCCUUGGAAAGUGUCGAUCGGUCAACAAGAUUGAUAAAGCAAAAUGUUUCAAAUAUGGCAAACUUGGUGUACGAAGGGGUAAAAAAUGUAGGAGGUAAAGUUGUAACUUUAUCUAGACAUAUGAGUGGUAGUUCUGAUAUUAAUGAAAGCAAAGCUGAUAGCAAUGAACACUUAGAAGAGCAAGGUGAUACUUAUACAAAGCCUACUGCAACUAGCUUGGCACUGAGCUUACGGUGCGAAGAGUUUCCUUGGUCAUCAAGUACUGGCUCGUCUGAACACGAAUUAUCCCAACAUGGCUUAAACGAAAGGAUUAAUACAUUGUCUCGUAAUGGCAGCAAUAUAUUGGCAACAGAACUUUGGACAUGGGGUGAUGUACAGCACGGGCAAUUGGGAACGGGAGAUAAUAUUAAACGACCAAGGCCAGUAUUAGUAACAAAGCUUAGCCAUACUGGUAUCAGAAAGAUAACUUGCGGUGCCUUCCAUGUGCUUGCUUUAACACUGGACGGCAGAGUAUUUGCGUGGGGUCGUAACAACUUUAAACAGGUCACUUUGUACACUACAGUAGAUCAAAGCGCUCCUCAGUUGUUCACCACAAAACUAUCUUCCAAUGAAAGAGCUAUCGAUAUGGCUGCUGGCAAUUUCCAUAGUUUAAUAAUGAUGCAUCAUGGUUUAUAUUUUAUGGGACAAUCGAGUAAAGUUGGAGAUAUGUUUCAACUUGACAUACAAAACAAAGAUGAAUCAAUCAGUCCUAGAGAGAUUUUCAGUUCUGGGCAAUACAGUUGUUGUUCUGUGAUAAACGAACCGGCAAUAAAUGUAUCAGAAGAUUUAAUAAACGAUCAGAUCUUCUUGGAAAAAAUGUUAACUGUUUACCAAAAUCUCAUCAAACCGUUUCAAAAGAAAAGCGGCGUGACCCAAGAAGCCAAUGUGUAUGAAACACUGUGUCGUUGUUAUGCAGAAUUGAUGCACUUUAGCGUUUUAAAUGUCAUAAGUUUGUGGGAUUAUUUUAACCACAUUGGAGAAGCAUAUGAAGUCACGAUCGUUGCCAAUAUAGAAGAAUUUACUACAGUAUAUAAAUACUAUUUAAAUGCUAUUUGCGAUGUUAUAUCUCUUGGUGGUUUUAUGCAUAUUGCAAAACUCAUUGAAGUGCCACAAGUAGUAACAAAUUUAUUUGUACAUAAUUUAAAAAGUAAUGAUAUAAAAAAACACAACAAUGAAAUUGUUAUAACAAUGGCAUUACAGCAUCCUUUAUGUAAAUUAAAUGGAUACAAGAAUAUGAUUCAUAGUCUAAUAAAAAGUAACGGCACAAAAAUGGGUGUUGAACGAUUACAAGAAGCUCUUAUAAAAUGGGAGCAAGUAUAUGAUGAACAAGAAAAACGUCAAAAAGAGGCGGAAGCUACAAAAUUAUUUUGGGAAAGUUCUGGAAAGCUAGGAGAAACACUGAGAUCUCCCAAUAGGAGGCUCAUUCGAGAAUCAAGAACAUACCCGCUAUCAAUACUUAAUUCUGGUAGAUUUUCAUCACAUUGGUUUAUUUUAUUAACAGAUAUUUUCAUACAUGUCACUAGUACUACACAUACAAUCCAUCCACUUCGAACAUUAUGGGUGGAACUCCUACCAGACUCUGAAAAUGUACAGAAUGCUAUAUCAGUUGUUGCACCAGAGGAUACUUUUGUAUUAUACACUCCUACCCCUUCUGAUCGCAAUGAGUGGUUACAUGCUCUACAAAAUACUAUAAAGUACAGUUUGCAAAAAGUGAUCGGAAAUGUGCCUCCAUUAGCACGAUCAAGCUCAUUCUCUUUCACAAAACAUAAUAUUUUUAAGGACGCAAAAUAUUCUGGACGAUGGUUGAAUGGCAAACCACAUGGGUUUGGGAAACUGGAAUGGUCAGAUACUCGUACGUACGUAGGCCAAUUUCAUAAAGGUAUUAUUCAUGGUACCGGAAAGAUGGAAAUUCCAAUGCAAGGUGUAUAUGAAGGGCAAUGGAAAGAUGGUCAACAAAAUGGAUAUGGAACAAUGAAGUACACCAAUGGAGAUGUUUACGAAGGAUAUUUUAAAGAUGGAUUACCUCAUGGUCAUGGUGUCAAAAAAGAAGGCCACUUCAUGGCGUCAAUUGCAUCUGUUUAUAUUGGAGAAUGGGCUGCUGGUGUUAAACAAGGUUACGGAAUAAUGGAUGAUAUAAUGACAGGUGAAAAAUAUCUUGGAUCAUGGAGUAAUGGCAUGAAACAUGGUAAUGGUUUAAUCGUGACACUCGAUGGCAUUUAUUAUGAAGGUGUUUUUACACAAGAUGUUUUAACGGGUCAUGGAGUAAUGGUAUUUGAGGACGGCACACAUUAUGAAGGUGAUUUUAAGUCCGCAGGAAUAUUUUGUGGAAAAGGUACAUUAACAUUUCCAAGUGGCGAUAGAUUAGAAGGUAACAUGAAUGGUGCAUGGAAUGAAGGUGUCAAAGUUAUUGCCACAUUGCAUAUGAAUAAAGCUAGUGGAACUGCUCAAUCUAAUUCAAAGCCAGCAUCUUUUGGAAAACUAUGUGUACCUCCGGAUCAAAAAUGGAAAGCGAUAUUUAAACAAUGUUAUCAACAACUUGGCGUAUCUGAACCAGUCAUUAAAAAUUCCAGUUACAAUGAAAAAUCUAUAGAAACGCAAAAAGUAUGGCAAAAUGUUGCUAGUAUAAUAACAAAAUCCCAUCAGAAAACAUUGCAACGAAAAAAAUUGUCUGCUAAUACCUCAAAUACAAAAGAGAGAAGUAGCGAAACUAUUGAUCAAUUGGAUAAGAUACCAGGCUUUGGAAGAGACAAACUCACUAAUCAGACUUACAAUGAAGUUCAUAAGUAUUUAGUGAAAGCUUUUGAAAGCCCGCAUCAUCCAUUAGGCGCUCUAUUGACAGAAACAGCUGCAGUAUAUACAGCUACUUAUGGUGGAGUAAGAGUACAUCCGUUAUUGCUUAGCCAUGCAGUAUCUGAACUUCACAGUAUUACAACAAGAAUAUAUGAGAUUGUGCUUCUUUUAUUCCCGGCUCUACCACGUUGUGGCAAGGAGUAUGUUCUUGAAACUGAUAGUGAAGAAGAGCAAGUCAUAAGUGCUGCCGCGAUACUUCAUCCGAUAUUACUGCCACGUGUACAUUCAGCACUUUUUGUAUUAUACGCCUUACAUAAUAAAAAGGAGGAUGAUGCAUACUGGGAAAGAUUAAUGAAAUGGAAUAAACAGCCUGAUAUUACUUUAAUGGCCUUCCUUGAAAUUGAUCAGAAAUUCUGGAAGACUACGAAUGUAAUGAGCAUUUCAGAUAAUUCAUUACCAUAUCAGCAUGAACCAUAUUUCAGUGAGGCUAUAGAAACUUUACAGCAACUUAAAACGACUUUCUCACCUUUAGAAAAGCUAUUAGUGGUUAGAAAUACAUUUGAACAAAUGACACAAGCAGUACAAAAACAAUUAGGAUCUACGUAUUUGUGGACGAUGGACGAACUGUUUCCAGUGUUUAGUUUUGUUGUAGUGCGUGCUAGUGUGUUACAAUUAGGGAGCGAAAUACAUUUUAUUGAGGACUUCAUGGAACCAUAUUUGCAAAAUGGAGAACUUGGCAUAAUGUUCACUACUCUUAAGGCAUGUUAUUACCAGAUAUUACAAGAAAAAACAAACAUGGGCGAUUAAAAUCCAUGUUUUUACAAAUAUAUGGUACAAUGAAAUGAUAUAUAUAUAUAUAUAUAUAUAUAUAUAUAUAUAUAUAACGUGUGUGUGUGUGUGCAUACAUAUAUACAUACAUACAUACACACAUAUAUAUAUAUAUACACACAUACACACCUCAACACCUCACAAGAUAAAAAUGGACAUAGGAAAAGUAUGUAUUUGCAUUAUAAUAAAAACUAAAGUGAUAAUUUGCAUUUAGGAUACGUAAUAUACACUUUAGCGACUUGAUUAUAUAAAGCCAAAGCCUCAGAUGUGAAAUAAGAAGUGGCAUAACAUAUCAGUUCAUUUUGUUGUUAUAAAAUGUAUAUAAGUUUACUGUUGAAAGGUAGUUAUCAUUAAUUAAUUCAGUGUUCUACAAACACAACAUUUGCAUAUGAAUCAUACAUAUAAAAUUGAACUUCAGUACUUCCAGUUAUCUGUUAUUCAAAUAUAUCACGCAUUAAAAAGCCAUAGUGCGUAGCUCAAUAUAAUGUGAUAAGAAAAAAGUUUAAAGUUACCUUUAUUUAUAUACAUUUCUACAUUUUAUCUUCUCUGUACUAUAAUGUUAGCUUACAGAAACGCUUAGAAAGCUUUUUUAUAUAUUAUAAUUGCAUAGCAUAUUUAACUUUCCUAAUUUGUAAAUAUAUCACUUUUAAUAGAGGUUCUCUUUUAUACAAUUUACAGCAUGUUUACUCAUUAAUAUCACUUUAAAAAUUUAUUUAUUAUGAUUUAAAAAUAAAUACAUAUAUACCAUAAUACAUACACUAUAAUUGUAAUACAAAGAAGAGAGGAAAUUGGUUCCUCAUUAAACAAUUCGCGCGCGUGACAAACUGUUUCUAUUAUAAUUCAUAUAAAGAGUAUAUUUCUACUUUGUAAUUUGCAAAAGUAUAUACUAGAUAUUUGUCUGUUAAGAAAUUCCAUGUAUAAUCCAUUGAAGUACGUGUAUGUAUAGUAUUGUAAGAGAUCUAAUAGCAUAUACGUAUGCUUAUAUAUUUUUUAAUCAAUACAUAUAUAUAUAUUAAUUAUGUAAUAUUAAUUCAUAUAUACAAAUUAAUUACAUAAUUAAUACAUAAAAAUUGAUUAAAAUUUAAAUUAUAACUUAUGUAAAAGACAUUUAAAAUAAUUUUAAGAACUUGUUUUAGUUAUAUUUAACUAUUUCAGAAUACGUAUAUGUCAUAUACAAUUAUAUUAUGUUAAAAAAAAUUAAAUUUUUAUUUUUAUUUACAGAUAUUGUUUAACUGUGCUGUUAUAUGUGUUCCAUAAAUUAUCUCUUAUGUUACUUUUAUUUAGUUUAUAUGUGAUAUUAGUUAAACAAAAAAAAUAUUUUCUAAUAACUAGCAUGUACCUGAAACAUAUUCUUUAUAUUAAUCCAAAAGAGCUUGCUUAUCGCUCGAUGUUUAUAUUUAUCAUAAAAUUUUAUCAAGAACCAUAUAAUAUAAUUAUUAUUUUUUUUUAAUUGCAAAAAAGUGAUUAUCAAGUGUUUUUCAGGGUUUUGUUUAUUAAAAAUAAACCCUUACAUAUCUACAUUUAAAAUCAAGAUUAAUGAUGCAGGCUCUAUCGGAUUAAUAUAAUUAAAUAUACAAUAAUUAUUUUCAAUAGACUGUACACAUUUUAUAAUACGUUUGUCAAAGCCAAAAUUAAGAGAUCAAAUUGUUAGCAUCAAAUAAUAUAAGAGAUCAAAUAUUACAUCCCAUUUGAAUGCAUUGAGUUAAAAUAUAAAUUAAGAAUUAGUCACAAUGUGUAAAAUAAAUUUCAUUCUGAAAUAUUAAACAUUCCAAAAAUUAUAGUACAUGGAAUAGUUUUUUAUUUACACAGUAAUAUUUGGAAAAAGUAUAUACCAUGGUAAAUAAUAUAAAACAUUAAUGUUGUAUACCAUAUCGAUAUUACUUGCAGCAAAUAAGAUUAUUGAAUUGAUAAUAUAGAUAUAUUGUAUUGGAGAUAUAUACUUUUUAUUGUAAAAGCAGAAAUGUGAAGAGAUUAGUUUACCAUCAAGAGGCCAUUAGGUGAAAAUUUAUAACAGAAUGAUCUAUUAAAUAAAUCGCAUUUUCUAAAUGAUGUAAUGCGUGGAAGAAUUAUCAGCAGUUAUUUUGUACUACUAAAAAUAGUACAUUAAAAAAUACUAUUAAAAGUAUCUAGUAAUUUGUACUAUUAGAAAUAACUACUAUAAGUAAAAAGAAUAUGAUCAUGCAAAUAUAAAAUAGCAUAAUAAAAUCUACACAUUGUUAAUAUAUGUAUUAAUUUAAGUAAUUAUAUUAUAUAUCCCAUUUUGGCAUAAAGUUCUUCGAAUAGUGUAAACAUUAUGUAUUGUGAAUUUUUAAACAAUCCUGACAAUGUUUCAUUACAUAUGUAUCGAAUUGAAAAUAGAUUAUUAUAAACUUCAUGCACAAUCGGCUGAUUAUGUUAAUAUUAACAAUUGUUUAUUUAUCGCUAUUGUAAAAAAUAAAAUGGUCAGAAAAAAUA